CAAAGAAGAAAAAAUGAAAUAAAAGUGGCUGGAUCGUUGCUCUAGGCUCUCUAGCGCGGGGUUGAAGUCCAAAUUAGAAUUCCUUCGACCGUACCCCUAUUUCCCCUUUCCUUCUCUUUCAAUUCAAGUGUUGGUGUUCCUAUCAAAAAUCCGGAUCUUGUCUUAUAGAGAGUUUUCCUACUGCUCUCUCUUUUCUCCUUCGACUCCUCAGAUCCAGUGCUACAUUUCUUCUCUUUCAUUCGUUGCAGGUUGCAAGGUGGUCCUAGUUGCUUAAAUUAUUGUAAUCAUUUUCUCUGCUUCCUCCAUCUAUGUUUGGGAGUCUUGUGGAUGCUCCUGCCAACAGUCCACAUCUACGGAGGUCUGGAAGCCGAGCAGUUGUAUCUGAUAUUGGUGUUAUUGAGCUUGGAGGAAGUCCUGAAGAAUCCCUUUUGCAUAGUAUAGAGGUCGAUGAAAUGAAGGGUGUGACGACACCAUUGAGCAGUGCGGCCAUAAUGCCAUCUCCUGUUCUUUUAUGGAGGUUUAAGGUACUUCUGUUCCUCAUUUGGGGUGUCAGUUGUUGCAAGAUUGGCUGGGAUUCAGUCAUGAGAAUGAGCGUAAACCUUCGUGAUCUAUUCUUAUACGAGGCUUUUCUUUAUUACAAUCCUCUUCUUCUUGUGACCAUGAUGGUUUGGUUUUGGGGAAUAAACCUAUGGGUUUUCGCGCAGGCUAAUGUCAACUAUGCUAAAAUUUUUGAUCUUGAUCAGAAUCAUCAUCUCUCUCACAGAGAGAUUUGGAAGUGUGCUACUUGGAUGACGAUCAUUGUGCCGACAAGCAUGACGGCCUAUCUCUAUCUCUAUUCACAUGGAGAAGUUUCAUUGGCUGCAUCUCAACCAGUGCUUCUAUAUGCUGGGUUUGCCAUGGCUCUGAUAUUUCCAUUUGAUAUAUUCUUUUUGUCAUCUCGCUACUUUUUGUUAAGGACGCUUUGGCGGAUAGUUUUCCCGUUACAGGCUAUAUCAUUUGCUGACUUCUUUCUGGCUGAUAUAUUGACUUCUAUGUCAAAGGUAUUUUCGGAUUUGGAACGUUCCGUCUGUAGAAUGGUUCAUCGACAGGUUGCUACCAUUGCAUGGUUUGAAGCUGAUUCUGUUUGUGGAAGUCAUGCUGUUGCAAUUCCCAUUGUUCUUGUAUUGCCUUAUCUAUUCCGUCUCUUUCAAUGUCUUCGGCAAUAUAAGGAUACCAGAGAGAAGACUACCCUGUUGAAUGCCUUAAAAUAUUCAACUGCAGUACCUGUGAUAUAUCUCUCAGCCCUUAAGUAUCACGUCUUCCCUGACAACUGGGUUAAUAUUUAUCGGCCUUUAUGGCUUCUAUCCGGUGUGGUGAACUCUCUCUACUCAUUCUAUUGGGAUCUGACAAGAGAUUGGGACUUGAGUUGCUUCACUCGGAUUUUCAAGUUCAGCAGACCGAAUGCAUUAUCACACUUGUUAUAUGGGCGGAAAUGGGUCUACUUUUGGGUGAUUGGAAGCAACCUCAUCCUGCGAUGCACGUGGACAUACAAGCUGUCUGCCCAUCUCCGGCACAAUUAUCUCACCGUGUUUGCAAUAACUGCGCUUGAGAUCUUCCGUCGCUUCCAGUGGGCUUUCUUCCGUGUAGAGAACGAGUGGAAUAAAACAAACUCUAAACCAAAUAUUCAACUCUCCACGAGUGACAAGCCAACUGAUGAACAAAAAUUACUCGACCCAAACGGUCACAGUGUGUAGACUAUGGAACACUAUCGAUCCUAACAGCAUUGUAGGAGGUUGAUUGAGCCUUCUUUAAACCUGGCAAAAAGGUUAAUGGAAUUCCAUUUUCCCCAUUUGCACAUAAGAAUUUCUGUCAAUAGUAUAGUAUAAGAUAGAAGAUCAAGAGACAUUAAAUAACAUACAUGAUUCAACCGGCAUUCCUUUUCGGAAGACUUUAUCCCUGUUGUUCUUUGGUGUGAUUUUUAAUCAUUAUUUGUAAGAAUACUCAUUGCCAAUUUUUGAUGUAACAUCCCUUGGAGUUGUUUCUAACUUUAUGGUGUCUCGAGAUUAUUGUAUUUUCGAAUCAGCAAAUCAAGCUGGAACUUAUAUUUUGGAUUAUACAUGAUCUUAUUGAACAA